GUCUCUAUUGACAACACUGGUUCUAAGUUUUAACGAAGAUAUGUUUCUAUGUUUUCUAUGUUAUUAACAUGGCUAUUUUUUAAAAAGCUUUAUAUACCACCAUUUUUUUAUGAUAUAUCCAAUCAGCGCUUAACAAUACAUUGCACAAGUCACUGUUUCUUUUUUACUUAUUCCUUUUUUAUAUUGAUAAUAAAUGUAAUUUUAUAAUGUUUAAAUGCGUGUAUCAAUUCUUCGAACAUAACAAAUUGGCGACGAGGAUAAAAAAAGAUUAAUCAACAUUCAGAACCAUCAAAAGAAAAGCAUCAAGUCAACAAUCAUAAAAACAGAAAAUGUCUGCUGAUAUGGAUAAACUUUUGCAAGCAAUUACCAGCAUGACCAAUGCUCUGCAGGAACAACAACAGCAACAACAACAGCUUCAACAAUCGAACAUAACCAGCGUCAAUGUCAUUUCAAAUUUUGAUCAAUUCGACCCUAAAACAGAAUCAUUCGAUGUUUAUAAAGAACGAUUGGAAAAUUAUCUGCAAUUGAAAGGGGUUUUCGGAAACAAAGAGAUGUGUGCAAAAUUAUUGCUGCAGUAUGUGGGUGCAUCAAAUUAUUCAACACUAGCAACAUUAGUCGCUCCAACACCGAUCAACCAACUAUCCUACGACAAUAUUAUAUUCCAUUUGAAACAACAUUUCUGUCCUAAAAAAAAUAUUCUUGUGCAACAACACAAGUUUUUAAAUGAAAUACAAAAUGAAGAUCAGAGUAUUUCUGAUUUUAUUGCUGUUUUACAGGAAAAGGCGGCGAUGUGUCAUUUUGUGUGUAGUUGUAACAAAUCAGUUUCGGAUAUAUUUUGUCGAGCGCAGUUUAUAAGAGGAAUCCGAGAUAAUAGCAUUCGUGAAAAAUUGCUGCAAAAACCCGAAGACACAUUUGUGCAAAUUUGUGAAAAGGCGAAGGCGUUGGAGGCAGCGAAAAUAAAUAAUAAUGAAAUUAUGCAGAGUUCUUCAACAAGCGAGUUAAUUAUCGACAACUAGGUCUUGAAGGGAUGUGCUUACGAUGUGGGCGAAACAAUCAUCGAUCAAAUGAAUGUAAAAUAAACAAAAACAAUCUAAAAUGUUCUUUUUGUAACAAAACAGGUCAUGUGAGACAAGUAUGCAUAAAAUCGAAAUUUAAACAAAAUUCAUCAUAUAAUGCAAUACAAUCGUGUUCAUCUGAUGACGACUACUGUGAGGAUGAUGAUAAUUUUGGUAUCCAUCAAAUAGUCGAUAUUUACAACAAAUCAGAAAUUCCACCACCAGAAUUGCAAAAAUUUUUCGCAACGGUUUCAAUCGACGGGAGGAAGCAAGUUUUCGAAGUAGACUCUGGUGCCGGCUACACUCUCAUACCAAAGAACGAUUUUGAAAAACUCAAAUUAAAUUUAAAGCUUCAAAAAACCAAGAUAGCAUUUCGCGCUUAUACGGGGGAUGUGUUUAUACCUCUGGGUGUAGUGGAUGUUAAUGUCCAAUAUAAAAACAGGAAGUCCAGAGAGAAAAUGUUUGUUGUGGACGCUAGACACUCUGCGUUGCUUGGCCGUGUAUGGAUAAGGCAUCUUAAAAUUGAUCUUAGAGAAGUAGACCAAGACUGUUUGAAGGAAGGGGCAAAGCCAGCUUUUUUUUAAAGGAAAGGCAAGUUCCAUUCGCUCUUCGUGAAAAAGUAGAGCAAGAACUCGACACAUUAGAAAACGAGGGUAUAAUUUCAAAAGUUAACACCAGUAAUUGGGGUUCGCCACUGGUUGUCAUACCAAAACCUGAUGGGAAUGUGCGGUUAUGUGUUGACUACAAGCUCUGCGUCAAUCCCCAAUUGGAGCCUGCUCACUAUCCAAUAAAGCGAAUAGAUGAAAUAUUCAACACAUUGAAAAAUUCCAAAUAUUUUUGUAAGCUGGAUCUAUAUAAAGCGUAUUUACAUGUAGCAGUGGAUGAUGAAAGCAAAAUAAUUCAAACAAUUUCUACACACAGAGACCAAAUUCUACGAGGCCUUGAAGGUACCACAUCUUAUUUUGAUGACAUAAUUGUGCACGGUCCAACCAAAUCCCUGUGUGAGCAGCGACUUAUUGAAUGUUUGGAACGCCUGCAGACAUAUAAUCUACACGUUAACAAGGACAAAUAAGCCAUGGCAAAACUUCCACGUCCCAAAAAUGUAGACGAGGUGAGAAGAUUUUUGGGAAUGGUUACGUAUUAUUCGCGAUUUAUUCCGAAUAUGGCUACCAUUACACAUCCACUUAGAAGUCUACUGGAAAAAGGAAACAAAUUUGUAUGGUCAAAGCAAAGUGAAGAAGCUUUUAUUAAGCUGAAGCAAGAAAUUUUGCAUGAGCGAGUUUUAGUACCAUACGACCAGUCACUGCCAUUGAUCCUUAUAUGUGAUGCAAGUCCCACAGGAGUUGCAGCAGUACUGUCACACAUAGUAGAUGGUUGUGAAAGACCAGUUGCGUUUAUUUCCAGAGCUUUAACAAAAGCUGAACAAAAUUAUAGUCAACUCGACAGAGAAGCUCUGGCAAUCAUUUUUGCUGUUGACAAAUUAUUUAUGUAUUUACAUGGUCGAGAAUUUACACUUGUGACUGAUAACCGUCCACUUUCGAGAAUUUUUCACCAGCAUGCUAAAACGCCAGCGAUGACCUCACAAAGAUUAUUGCGAUAUGCUUCUUUUCUACAAGGAUUCAAUUACAAACUUGAGCAUCGCAAAGCCGAUCAAAUAGCACAUGUAGAUUGUUUAUCAAGAGCCCCUUUAUCAGCGUCUUCAAAGUUUUUACAUUUUCUUGAUAAAGAAACAAAAGAUAUCCAAGAUCAAACUAUAAAUGAAAUUUCAUCAAUUUCAAUAACGGCAACAUCGGUUGCAAAAGAAACCCAGAACGACGAUGAAUUCAAAAAAUUAAAGGAAUCGCUAUUGAAUGGCGGAAAUACAGAUCCUGAGUAUUCUAUACAAGAUGGCGUUUUAUUUAAGGGAACUCGUGUUAUGAUUCCUGCUACAUUACGCGAUGCAGUGCUACGUGAAUUACACCACACACAUAUUGGCGUUGUAAGAAUGAAGCAGCUAGCCAGAAAGUAUUGUUUUUGGAAGGAGAUCGACUCUGACAUUGAAACAUUGGUAAAAUCGUGCCCUGAUUGUGCUAUGAUACGAAGAUGCCCCCCAAAGGUGGAAACACACAAAUGGGAGGACCCAAUCGAAAAUUUUCAAAGAGUGCAUAUUGACUACGCAGGUCCUUUCCAAAAUCAUUAUUUUCUUGUGUUAGUUGACGCAAAAUCGAAAUGGCCUGAAAUAAAGGUAAUAAAACAAGCUCCAACUUCGGAUAUCACGAUAUCAUUAUUACAAAGCAUAUUUUCAACACAUGGUCUUCCCCAAAUUAUGGUAUCUGACAACGCUACAAUUUUUCAAAGUGCCGUAUUUAGAACUUUUUGCGAGAACAACGGUAUUAUCCAGAAAUUUAUUGCACCGGGGCAUCCAGCUACUAAUGGACUUGCGGAAAGACAUAUUCAAACCUUGAAAAGGAAGCUAAAAGCGAUGCAAAACGAAAAGUUACCAUUACGCCUCAAAGUGCAGGAAAUAGUUACCAGAUAUAGAGCAACUCCGCUUUCAAAUGGCAAAAGCCCUGCAAACUUAUAUCUAGGACGUGACUUACGUAUAAAAUUAGACUCAAUUCGCCCAACAAAAUUGAAGAAAUCUGAAGUGGUCAACCCAAAAGUUCGAAAAUUAGGCGUUGGAGAGAGGGUCCAAGUUCGUUGGUUUAGCAAAGGAGUCCCGACUUGGAAGUUCGGUACCGUUCUGCAAAAACUUGGGAAUAUUCACUACAGCAUUAAACUUGACAAUAAUUAUAUUCUUAAAAGACAUAUUAAUCAAUUGUAUAAGUCCAUGGUUUAUGAUCAAAAUCAACCCACUUUAGUUACAGGAAAUCCACCACAGAAGGAACCUCAAAUUGAAGAAGUCAUAAUCCAGCGGAAUCAGACACAACCUCAAGCUCCCAGCGAAUCGCAGCUUCCAGCCUCCGCCGAGCCACAGCUGCCAGAGACACCACUAAGUAUUAGGCGAUCGAACAGAGUAAGGAGACUUCCAGCACGUUUCCAAGACCACGUUCCCUAUUAGUGUGGGAGAUUGUUAUGUCUCUAUUGACAACACUGGUUCUAAGUUUUAACGAAGAUAUGUUUCUAUGUUUUCUAUGUUAUUAACAUGGCUAUUUUUUAAAAAGCUUUAUAUACCACCAUUUCUUUAUGAUAUAUCCAAUCAGCGCUUAACAAUACAUUGCACAAGUCACUGUUUCUUUUUUACUUAUUCCUUUUUUAUAUUGAUAAUAAAUGUAAUUUUAUAAUGUUUAAA